UUAAAAGAAGAAGAAUGAAUCAACCAUUUGACUAUUAUGAGACUAUAUAUUUCAGUGCAAAUUACAUAGUAAAAAUAAAAAAAUAAAAUAAAAAUUGGUUCUUUGGGUCAUCUAUAGCUUCAAACUUAAGAAAAAACUAUAUAAUACCAACAGGGUUCGACGGGACGCAGGUCUUCUUGUAGACCAAAAAGAAAGAAAAAAAGAAUUGUUGAAAAUACUAAGUGGACCAUGACCAAGUCACACCCUCUCUUUCUAUAGAAAUACCCAAACAAACAGCUAGUUAAUCCAUGUAUAUAACAAGCUGAUCAUUCCUAUUCUAUUAAGAGUCCUUAAUUUAAUUAAUCUAUAUAUCACCCCAACUCACCAUCACAUAAUUAUAUAUGGAGGAGCACAAUAAGAAUAUUGUUUCGUUGGUCCUCCAUGGAUGCAAGUUAGCCAAAGAAGUGGAAUUGAAUCUCGGCGAUCAUCAGCGGAACGAGCUAGCGAAUCACUGCGACGAGAUUGCAAUGAUCUUCAGCCAAGCCAAGGAGUGGCUGCGCCGAGGUACUACUACUACUACUACUACUACAAGUGAUGAUCAAGAUCAUUACAAUAAUAACAUGUUGGUCACGCAACAAAAUAGUACUAGUAUUGGCCAUAGUAGUGGGAGCUUAUUAUUACAAGAAUUGCUAAUUAGGCCUUCUUCUACUACUACUAGUAUUCAUCAUGAUAACAAUAAGAGCAUGUCUGAUAUUGUUAUGAGGGGUUUUGCUCAUCCUCAACAUGAAAAUAGGAAUAAUAUUUCCAAUAAUAUGGGUAGAAAUGUGGAAAUUCUUGGCUCAUCAUCAUCAUCAGCAAUCUACUCACAAAGACCGCGAAAAAGAAAGGAUGAUAAGGAAAUUCGCAUAGUGAAGAUGGCUGCACCUCAAAUUGGAAAUACUGAAAUCCCACCGGAAGAUAACUACACUUGGCGAAAAUAUGGCCAAAAGGAGAUCAUGGGCUCAAAGUAUCCUAGGAGUUACUAUAGGUGUACUCACCAGAAGUUGUACCAAUGUCCAGCAAAGAAGCAAGUGCAGAGAAUGGACGAUGAUCCUUUGAUGUUCGAGGUGAUGUACCGGGGUAGCCACACGUGUCACAUGUCAGCCACAGCUCCCACCUCUAUCUUACCACUUGUGCCAAUGUCACAAACCCAAAGCAUUCUAAUAAAAAAUAAUAAUGAUCAACAAUUGCAACCACUUAUAACAUCAAUUAAUACUACUACUACUACUACUGCCAGUACUACUAGUACUUUUCCAGAAGUUCCUCUAGGAAGAUCAUGGCUUUCUAUGGAAUGCUCAGGAGGAGGAGGAAGUAGCAGCAGUGGCGGUGGUAGUGGUAGUAUAGUUCAUGAUCAUUUUCAUCCGGUAUUAGAUUUGGCUGACGUAAUGUUUGGCAGCAGUAGUAGUAAUAGUAUGGACUUUUUGUUCCCUACUACUUCAAUCGAGGAAGAUCAUAACAAUAAGCUCCUACAACCUGAUGACUCUGAGAACCACAAAAAUUAAUGCCAACUACCUAAUUAAUUAAUUAAUUAUAAUUUCAUAAUUUUAAUUAUUCUAGCUAACUGAUUUCAUCAAUUAGUGGUUUGAUAUUUUUAUAUUUUUUUAAUUCUUCUAUCUCUUCCCUAAUAUCCUUAAUUUAACCCCAUGUAAUAAAAAUAAAGUGUUUUAUGAAAGACAUUAUAAUGGAAGAGCAAAUAUUUAAACAAUUUAAUUUGGAUACAUAAUUAUUUAUUUAUUUAUUUUUUUUAUAUAGGGGAACAUCAUACUAUUCUCUUCUCUAAUAUAAUGGUGAUUAUUCACCACCUUAUUAGAUUAAUGUGGUUUAUUAUUGUCUGGUGAGUGAUGAAAAUGUUGUUUCUAUUUUAUUAGUGUAUCAUUUCGCUUUGGCAAGGACAUCUUUGUCUCUCUCUCUCUCUCUCUUUCUUUCGGUGUUUGUUCUAGGGACUCACCAAAUUUUUAUUGUCCCUUUGUUAUGUGAUCUAAUCUUUUUUGAUUGAGCAGUAUUACAUGAUUGGUCGUGUUAUUAUUUUCCUAAUUUAUGAUUGAAAUAAUAGGAUUGUUAUGUUCUAAUUUUUAUUGGAAGAUCAUUGGUUGAUAGUCAUUAGUAGGUGGACUCUCUCAGACUUUCAUUUAGUUUGGAAGCCUAGUAUAUUUUACACUCUUUUGAUGCUUAU